AUGAAGCCGAAGGAAAACCCCAAUGAAUUACCUGUUAAUUUAUCUAAAAAUCAGAUGUCGAGAAUGAAGUCAAAACAGUUGAAUUCUAAGAGAACUGACGACUUUACUCCCCCCGAUGGAGGCUGGGGAUGGAUGAUAGUUGUAGCAGCUGGGUUUUCUAAUAUAUUUAUUUGCGUUAACACUUUUCAGCUAGCAGCGCUGCCGACCUUACAGCAGUUCGGUCUGCUCUUUCGAGACAAGUUCGCAAGGUUGGCCAUCACUAGUUCGGAGACUACAACAAUCAUCAACAUGCACUCCGCCCUCAACUCAUGCGUCGGUUUAGCGAAUGGACCGGUCUUCAAAACUUUUAGUUACCGUCAAGUUUCUUUGACGGGGGCCAUCGUUGUCUUUAUAUCGUUGCUUUGUACUACAUUCUCUUACAAUUUCGUCACGUAUUUAAUAUCCAUAUCGAUUCUGUAUGGAGCUGGUUAUGGAAUCAGUAGUUCCGCUAAUGCUCUAGCCUUAAAUACUUACUGGAAGGAAAGACGCCGGCUAGCAACUGGUCUUUCAUGGACCGCUACUGGCCUGGGUCCUAUAUUAUGGCCUCAUAUCAUUACAGCAUUAUUUGCAAUGUUCGGUGAGACAGGAACAAUGUUGCUUCUAUGUGGAUUUUCAUUACACUCUAUCGCGUGUGCGCUUCUCCUUCAACCAGUAGAAUGGCAUACAAAACCAAGAGAUGCAAAAGAUAAAGAUGCUGAAAUGUUAUUAAAAACAGAACACAAAUCAAAUACGAUUGAUGAAAACAAGAAAGACGAGAGUGGUUAUUUCAGCCAGGUAUCUAAAAUUAAGAAUUUAAGCCUAUUUUCUAGCCAAUAUCUUUAUAAUGAAGAUGAUCCCGUAACUCCAGGUUACGAAAUAACAGACCCUGGUGUGCCUAUGAUGUUACGAGCAAAUGACGGUUAUUACAGUCAAUCUAGACAGUCAAAAAGUAAGAUUUCGUCUAGAGAUGGAUCAGCAAAAAAUUCCACAUUAAAUUCAAAAAAGACAUCCAUGUCAAAUUUAGUAGAAGAUCGAUCUAGGAAAUCUUCAACUUUGUAUUUAAACGAGUCAAAAAAAAACUCUUCGGCAAAUUUAGGAGCUUUAGCACAGGAGAGAGACACUAAACAAAGUAAUAAGCCCAAACGAAAGACUUCAAUAACUAUUAAUACUCAGAUUCUUGAGUCGGAGGUAGAAGACUGCCCGACACUCAAAGCUCCCCAAGAUUUAAAGCCCGAUGAAAAAGUUGUGGUCGAAAACAUAGACCCAGAAAAAGCUAAGUUCAUUGCUGAUAGAGCUGAAAAGCACUUCGUGGGUACUAGAAGCAUUAAAUCUUUUAAAAUGGACGGACAGUAUGGAGAACAGUAUAAUAAAGACAAUCACAGUAAUAUAUCAUUUAGAAAUCCAGAAGAGUAUGAGGAACGCAAAUAUUUAAAAGACAACCACAGUAAUCAGUCAUAUCGCACUCGUAGUAGGCGGAAAUCGAAUAACUUUAAUUACGAGAGUGAGGUUCUGAAACAAGCUUCUCUAAAAUUAGAAGAAUAUUUAAAAGAAAAUGAAGAUACAAAGCCAGCAGAUAAAUUCAAAAUUCUUGUGACUGCUCCAGUAGUUACUGAUACUUUUGAUGAUAAGAAAGACGAUAAAAACAAAAAUAAAGAAGAGGAAGAAGAAGAAGAGGAAGUACCACUUUCCUUUUGUGAAAAAGUAGCACUGUUUUUUGAUUUAGAUCUCCUCAAAGAUUUUACUUUCAUAAAUCUAAUGUUGGGUGUGACCUUGGCAAGUUUUAAUGAACUUAACUUUUCAAUCUUAACUCCGUUUAUUUUGGGUGAUUUUGGAUUGAGCAAACCUCAAGUUGCAUUUUUCAUGUCAUUGUUAGCGGGUGUUGACAUAACUGUCAGGUUUUGUGUGCCAUUCGUCGCCGGGAAGAUUGGAUGGGAUAAUAAUACAUUCUUCCUCGUUGGGGUACUUUCUAUGGCUAUGGGGAGAGUUGUAUUGGCAUAUUGGCAGGAUUAUAGAGUAAUCAUCCUGGUGGCUUUCAUCAUUGGCUUUGGCAAAGGUCUUCGGACGGUAUUCAUGGCGCUAGUCAUUCCUACUCAUGUUCCUUUACAUAAACUACCAGGGGCUUCUGGUCUACAACUGAUGACAGCUGGAAUAGUGUACCUCUCGUUAGGACCAGUAGUUGGUUGGAUCAAAGACAAUGCAUCUACAGCGGUGACACUUCACUGCUUAAACAUAUUUACGUAUUUAACGGCGAUUUCCUGGGGUCUAGAAAAAUACUUCAUAUCAAAAAGAUUGAAAAACGAAGCUGAACUCACGAAAGUUGAAUAA